GUUAUCUUUUUUUCCGUAUCCAUCUUGCAUGUCCGUUUCUUCUCAUUAAUUUCCUUGCGUUCUUAAGGAUCGUCUGUUACUUCAUUUCCUUCGAGAAGCUUUGGUAAUUUCAGCUUCUUCGCUGUAUGUCGGCGUCUGCUUUUACAGUUUUAGUGGGCGGUGCAACGGACUGGGUCUUUCCAGUACCGGUUGUUUUGUAGCCUUUAAGAAGUUUUCGUCUAACCAGGUCUUUUAUUGGCAGAUUCAUUAUUUAGAAGAUGGAAUGCCGCGCGAUCCUGCUGGGUUUGGUUGUAUGCGCACUCGCGAUAACUACAUGUGAAGGCGGAGGAGCGCAGCCGUUUGCAGCCAAGGCAUCUCUGUUACGUUUCUGGCGUCGCACAUUGCCCACUGCGAGGCUCCCACCAUUCUUGCUGGACAAAGCGUCUCCUCUUGACGCUACUUCCGUUGCUCUGUUUUCUGGCUACAUGAAAAACCACACGCUCUCUGAUCACAUCGCGUCAUUCUGCACAGCUGCGGAUCUUCUCUGCACUCGCAAAACAGUGGAUGAACAGAAAGUCGUUUCCAGCCCAUCAGAUUUCGAGAGCUACACCACCGAUAAAGAUUUCAAAAAGUACAACGCCGACGACAACGCUUUCAAAAACUACUCCGAUAACUCCAACGUAGUAAAGGACGACUUCAAAGGAUACGGCCCGAAAUCCAGCGGCAUUCAGAAUUUCCAAAACUACGCCCCGGAUUCCAAUGUCGUCGACGAGGGCUUCGCCAACUAUGCCACCGACAGCAGCUCCGCAAUCCAGGAAUUCACGAGCUACUCAGACCAUGCCAAUGUCAUCAAAAACGACUUUGCCACCUACGGCAAGGACGCCAACGGGAUUCUGCCCCAGUUCACCAGUUACGCCAACAAUUCCAAUAUCAUCACCAACGAUUUCAAGGCCUACGACCAGGGCGGAAACAGCCCUCUUAAGCAAUUCAAGUCCUAUGCCGACAACGGCAACUUGGCCAGGAACGACUUUCAGAACUACGCGGCCGGCGCAAACGGGGCGUUCGAGCAAUUCACAAGCUAUGCCGCCGGAGCAAAUGUGCCGCAGAAUGUGUUCAAGGCUUAUGGAAAGGACGGCAACGAUGCCUCGCUUUUCUUCACCAACUAUGGCAAAAAUGAUAACAGCGCUUCCAACGAGUUUGCUGGGUACAACGAAGGCUCCAAUGCCGCCUCCGGCGCGGAUUUCGCUUCGUAUGCCAAAAAUUCAACCUUCAAAACUUACGCCAAUACCGGCCCGACGUUCUCUGACUACACCAACACCACUUCUACAGGCGGGGAAGCUGGGAAGUUCUUCAGGGAGAAUUUGCUGGUUCAGGGCAAAACUCUCCCCAUGCCCGAUAUCAAGGAUUACAUGCCCAAAAGAUCGUUUCUUCCUGGAUCCUUGGCAAAAAAUCUGCCGUUUUCUACCCAGACGCUGCCGGAGCUGAUGAAGACGUUUCACAUUCCGGAGAACUCGACAAUGUCGUCGAUCAUGGAGCGGACGCUGCGAGAUUGCGAAAGGCCGGCGGUGAAGGAUGAAAUAAAGAAAUGCGUGAGAUCGGUGGAAGGCAUGGCGGAGUUUGCAGUAUCAGUGUUGGGUUCCAAGGUGGAGAUUCUCACCACAGAAAGCACGGCGGGUUCUAGAAGCCAAGUUUCUGUCGGCGCCGUCACGGGAAAAGACGGCGGGAAGAUCACAAGGUCGGUGUCGUGCCAUCAGAGUCUGUUUCCGUUUCUGGUUUAUUACUGCCAUGCUGUGCCCAAGGUUAAAGUUUACCAGGCUGAACUGUUGUCAAUGGAGGAGAAGAAGAAGAUAAACAAUGGAGUCGCCAUUUGUCAUUUGGACACCACACAGUGGAGUACAAAUCAUGCGGCAUUCAUGGCACUGGGACAUGAGCCAGGGAAGAUUGAGGUCUGCCAUUGGAUUUUCGAAAACGAUCUCAUCUGGGUGCCGAUCUCUGCUUAAAUUAUCUUGUGUUUGUUGUGUACAGGCCAAUGUGAAAGACAACGGAGUGGCAUUUGCCGCUUUGUUUGAUAAAUAAAUCUUCUGCAAUUGUCUCUGAAAUUGUGAUGAAAGAAUUGUUUUUUCUUUUGUUGGAUUGUUAAGCUCGGGGAGCCCCACGAUUAAGGAGUGGGGUAAAGCUGAGCAUGGCACUGGUGGGCCUUAGGUAGGGAUAGAAGGAUUUAAUUUGUCUGGCAAGUUAUAAAUGUGGGCACGGCCUUUUCAUUUUGGAUAAUAAAUGAAGAUUUCUCUA